CCUGCGCAGGCGCGCCAGCGGCAAGCCCUUGCUCCGAGGGCUGCGGAGUCGCCUUAGCUAACCGGUUGCGCUACUCGCGUCGGGCCGGCGAAGGGGAGAGCGGGCGGUUGCCGCUGAGGGAGGGGCCGCGAAGGGCGGCGGAAAGGAGCCCCGGCUUUGUUUGCGCGGCUUUAUAUCCCUCUCUGCCCGCCCAGCCUCUCCGCUUGCAGUUGCCUGUGGAGGCUGAGCGCCGUGCAGGAGGACGACGGAGCCUGCUGGGCGGGUCUCCCACCUGCCCAUUGCCAUGGCCGGCUCCGAGCAGGACGGCGGUACCGGCGAGGCGCCGCUGCCCCUCGACGACUCCGAGCUGGCGCUGGCCGGCAUCAACAUGCUGCUCAACAACGGCUUCCGGGAGUCGGACCAGCUCUUCAGGAAAUACAGAAACCAUAGUCCAUUAAUGAGUUUUGGGGCCAGCUUUGUCAGUUUUUUGAAUGCCAUGAUGACUUUUGAAGAAGAAAAAAUGCAGCUGGCGUGUGAGGACUUAAAAGCUACCGAAAAACUGUGUGAGAGUGAAGAAGCAGGAGUUAUAGAAACCAUUAAAAACAAAAUUAAGAAGAAUGUUGAUGGCCGAAAGGCUACCCCAUCCAUGAUUGAUCGACUUCAGAGACAAAUCAUUGUAGCAGACUGUCAAGUUUAUCUUGCUGUGCUUUCUUUUGUGAAACAAGAACUCUCUGCUUAUAUAAAAGGUGGGUGGAUCCUUAGAAAAGCUUGGAAAAUCUACAAUAAAUGUUAUACAGACAUUAAUACACUUCAGGAAUUAUAUCAGAAGAAGAUAACUCAGGAAUCCUUGACUUCUUACGCUGCAAAUGAUAAUCAUAUUGCUGCAGAAAGCAUAACGGAGGAUUCACUAAAUCGUCUGAAAGGUGCUGUUAGCUUUGGAUAUGGACUUUUUCAUCUUUGCAUAUCCAUGGUGCCCCCAAACCUGCUCAAAAUCAUCAACCUGCUGGGUUUUCCUGGAGACCGCCUGCAGGGGCUUUCUUCACUGAUAUAUGCAAGUGAAAGUAAGGACAUGAAGGCCCCUUUAGCUACAUUAGCCUUGCUGUGGUACCACACUGUGGUUCGUCCUUUUUUUGCUUUGGAUGGCAGUGACACCAAAGCAGGAUUGCAAGAGGCUAAAGACAUUCUCCAGAAAAAAGAAGCUGCUUAUCCAAACUCGUCUCUCUUUAUGUUCUUCAAGGGAAGAAUACAGCGUCUAGAGUGUCAAAUCAACAGUGCCUUGACCUCCUUUCAUACUGCUUUGGAACUGGCAACUGAUCAGAGAGAGAUUCAGCAUGUCUGUCUAUAUGAAAUUGGCUGGUGCAGCAUGAUAGAAAUGAACUUCAAGGAUGCAUUUGAAUCCUUUGAGCGUCUUAAAAAUGAAUCAAGAUGGUCCCAAUGCUACUAUGCUUAUUUGACAGCAGUGUGUCAGGGUGCCACCGGUGAUGUGAAUGGAGCUCAGAAUGUGUUCAAAGAAGUCCAGAAGCUUUUUAAAAGAAAAAACAAUCAAAUUGAGCAGUUUUCGGUCAAAAAGGCAGAUAGAUUUAGGAAGCAGAAACCAACCAAGCAACUCUGUAUACUGGCAUCCAUUGAAGUAUUGUAUUUAUGGAAAGCUCUUCCAAACUGCUCCUUCCCAAACCUACAGCACAUGAGUCAAGCUUGCCAUGAAAUUGAUGAUUCCACUGUUGUUGGUUUAAAGAACUUGCUACUUGGGGCCAUACACAAAUGUUUAGGAAAUGCUGAAGAUGCUGUUCAGUUCUUUCAACGAGCCCUUAAAGAUGAACUGUGCCGCCAAAACAAUUUGUAUAUCCAACCCUAUGCUUGCUAUGAACUUGGCUGUCUCUUGUUAGAAGACCCACAGACAGUACCAAGAGGCAAAGCCUUACUGCUUCAGGCAAAGGAGGAAUUCACAGGGUAUGAUUUUGAGAACAGAUUGCAUGUCCGCAUACAUGCAGCGAUAGCCUCUCUAAAAGAAGUGGUCCCCCAGUGAUGGGCAGGAUGCCUCAACUCUUUCUUCUCCCUGUUUCUGCACUCGGAGCAAAACUGUUAGGAGGGCCAGCUUCUCUACUGAAAACAACCACCAGUGCCAGAGACACUUUUCCCGCGACAUCUAGAAUUGGUGGCAGAAAAACAUUACCAUCUUCAAUGGUUAAGGGCAAAAUUAGCCAAAAAACAUUGUGUCCUAAGGCCUAAUCCAGUAGCAAUUUCUCUUGCACAAGUCCUAAUUGAGUGAGUGGGUGCUAGAAGUUGCCCAGCUCCUGGGAUAGAUAUGUGAAGGCCUGGGGCGGUGGGGAAUGAAAAAUUGGGUUAGAUCGUGGAGAGGCAGUUGUUACUCAAUUAUUCCAUCCCCCACCUCCCACUUGUCUUCAUAUAUCUGCUCUGGGAAUCUGUGGGGUUUGUGCUAGAGGACUUCUCCAGGUUUGGAAGCCUUUGCUUUUGAGGUGUGUCUUUUUUGUUUGUUCUUAGACAAGUGGAACAUAUUUAGCUUGUGAUUGUACAAAUGAGCCUACAAUAAGCACACUUUGACUUCUAUAACAACAUUGGCUCAUUUUCUGCAAAAAGCUUUUUUCUCUCAUUUUGGAUAGGUUUAUUUGUUCUUUUGAAGAGGGAUACCAACUGUUUGUUGAAACAGUACUGUGUAAUUAAUUGUUUGAAACUGUAAAUAGGCAGAAAUAGAUAUUAUUUUAUUCAAAGGCUAACAAAAGCAGAGCGAACCUGGAAAGAAUCAAGCCUGGCUCACUCACAGCACAGCAAACCUGCUCAUUUAAGUUAUAUUGAUCAUCCAAAUGCAUGUGUAACAGAGCCUACCCCUAUAUUUAUGUUAAAUUGUGUGAAGAUUUAGAAACUUCUAUUUUUCAGCCAAAUGUUUAUUUUUUAAACCCUUAAUAAUUGUGUUAGACAUUUUUUAUCUGUUUUAAAUGGUACUGUUGCCUACUAGCUUUGCUGUUAACAAGGUGUUUACAAAUUAUCACUCAUAUGUUAAAUAUAAUGGGACUUGCCAAGUGGCAUUCCAGAUCUAUGAUGUCACUUAUCUUUAUUCCAGUUUGUUUUAGUGUGUUAUUUUUAACAGGUAGGUGUUUUUUUUAAAAAAAAAACAAAAACAACUCGAACACCAAUUUUUGGAAUAGCAGUUUUCCUAAAUACUUGGGAAUUGUGUAACUUUGUAGAACUGAAGUACCUUUUUCUUUCAAAGUGGUUAGAGCCUUACUUUCACUCCUGGUAUCUAGCUAUAAACUUUUAUUCUGGCACACUCUGAAAAAUGCUUACAUUGUUUGUACUUCACCUGACUGACUGGCUCCAACACUUUCUUGGCAUAUGGAGAGUACAAAUUUGUUGGCCCCGAUUCAGACCUUGGCAGGCUUCUAGUGAACACAUGGAGAUACAUAUAAGCAGGGGACUCCACAUUUCACCUCCAUCUCUUACUGAUACUCUAUGUGGUGCAGUACAUAUAGAGCAUUCCCCAACCUGCAUAGGCCUGCUCCCCAAACUGCCAAGUAUGGACUGGAGCUGUGGGUCAGAUUGCCCCACUCUCCCUUUGGCCAGUAAAAAGCACUUCACGACAGCUGAACCUGCUGCCUUCUAAAAAGAGAAGUUGAAUGUUUAAGAGAUGUAACUACACCUUUACUUUUUAGUAACACUAUAUGCUGUGAAUUUAUCAUCAUCAUCAUCAUCAUCAUCAUUUUAUUUAUUGCUUUGGAGGAGUCCCAUUUCUCAAUGGAUUGACAGUUUAUCUGCUUUGGUUUCAUUUUUUAGACAUGGGAUGUUUGCUCUUUCGUUUGCAUUUGUGUGAAAACAUGGCACUGCAGCAUAUGCAUCUGGCUCACUUAAAAUGGCAGGAUUUGCCAUUCUGUUUCUUGGCUUGGAGAUUAAAAAAA